AUGGAUUCACCAUUGUUGACAUUGGUCUUUUUUGGUUUGGGGAUUUUCCUGGGUAUUUUCUCUCCAAUCGUGCAGUCUCAAGAAAAUCUGAAUCCUGGAUUAGAAUCUCCACCAACUCCUCAGUCGCCGCCGCCAUCUCCUCCUCCGCCAUCGUCCCCUCCUCCGCCGCCACCUGGAUCGUCCCCUUCUCCUCCUCUGCCGUCCCCUAGAUCAUCACCUCCACCACCGCUAACUCCGCCUCUACAACUUCCACCUUCUCCCAAUCGCCGGCCACUGCCGAGGACACUCCCUCGACCUUCUCACAAUCGCCGGCCACCGCCGAGGACCCCCCCUCGCGUGACUGCGAAGUCGCUGCCUCAAGAAACGACAGGAAGAAAGAAUCACAGAGCGAAAGCGGCCAUGGAAAAGCAAGCCCGGCUUCCAAAGAAAACCUCAAUUUGGGGAAGAAAAUUGGCUUGA